UUAUGUAGGGAUUCCUAAUUUAAUACACCCUACAGACAUGUACACAGUUCAGGUAAAAUGUUAGAUUUUGCCACCAGAGGUCACUAAAUAUGCUACUAAUCACAUUGUCAGAAUCCAAAUGCUACAAAGGGAAAUACUGAAAGAUUUAUCUAACGGUAAAUAAAUUAAAUACAUCAACUAUUUAAAAAAUGUCUAGGCGCCAAACUCUGUAGCUGAAAUGUGUAAAAUUAAAGCUUAAUAUUUAUAUUAUCCUCUCAGCAGCUGUUAGACUUUAUAAUCAUCACUGCUCCGAAGUUCAAUAAGUGUUUACAUCUCUGCUGCGCACAGUUUUUCUAUUUUUUGUAAGAAGUCUGAUGAUAUUGUUUCUCGUACAAAUGCGCUUUUUGUAAAUUUUCAAAUUACCCUAUUCAGUUGUACAUUUCAGAUAAUCUUAGUAUUUCAUUUCUAAUAAAAGUACAGUAUUUAUUUUUAUUGUGUUGUAUUUUUAUUUCCUUUAUUAUGCAGUCUUCCCUCACUUUUGUUCUGGAUAGUUUUUACGUUUGUGAGUACCUGCUUCCAUUUGGCUUUUAUGUAGCUGCUGAGACCCACUGCGGGACAAUAAAGGAUAUUUCUAAGCUAUUCUAUAUUUCUCACUCGGUCUGGUUGUUGUAUUCUUAUUGGCACUAUUAUUGCAAUUUGCAAACCGAUCUAAGCAGGUGUGGAUAUAUUACUUUAGCAUUUUUAGCUUUAAUUUUUGAGAAGGGGGAGUAAAUGAGAUUGUACUACUUCCCACUCAUUUUCCGAUAUGUAAAUUACAACAGUAUUGUUUUUGUUUUCUCUCACUUCUUUUGCAUUGUGUUUUAUUGGUAUUUAUUAUAGUUGGGGGAUUAUUUUGUUUAUUUCUAUUAUUUUGCAUGUUUGAAAUAAUCGGCUUAGCUAAUAAACAAACUAAUUAUAUAUAUUUUUUGUAAGUAUUUAUUAACAUUUUAUAUAUUUAAUCAUUUUGUAGUUUGGUUGUUCUUGUGAUCCGAGACCUACACGUAAUAAUUAGGAAUGAAGCGCCUUGCUCUUUUUAAAAUGAUCAGCAUCCCUACCAAAGAGGAGCAAAGAGCAGAGGUCCCACUCUGGUUCUUUUUCCAUAUUCUAGAUGAAGUAAGUUUUUACGACAGUCGUUUAAGCACUAAUUUGCAACCAAAUUGGCAUUUUAAGUCCUGUGAUGUUGGUUUUCCAUAUCCCUGUUCCAAUUCCAAUUUUAUUUAAGCCACAGGUAUUUUUGUGUUUAUUUUAAUGUUAUUCAGACCUGUUUCUAGCAACACAUCUUGCUGAUUUACUUUAUCUUUAAAAAGGCAGGGCAGUCUCACAUAUAUACACAACUAAAACCUAUUUAACAGCAGUGAGGCUCCGGCGAUAACAUAACAAAUACAUGUUAUGUUUUUUUUAGGACAUCUAAAAGUUUUAGUUCUAUAGUAUUUACUGAAACCCUGGCAGCGGUAGCGUCAUGUUAUUAAACCAGACCCCCCCUGUGUUUCCGCGGUCAGGUGGUUCAGUCCGACGUCGUCCUGCGCGGGAGCGGAAAACGUGCGUCGGCUCUGCGGAAAAGGAGCGGUUUGUUUUAUAGGUCAAAUAAUAUCCUAUACAAGCUUUAUUUAACUGCGACUAAUACCCUUUCUUCUUACGGGAAGCCCUCACAGAACGGAGGCUGGGCAAGAAGAGCAUUAAUUCAAGAAAGAGCCAUAGUACCUCUGGAGGACCUGCAGAGAUCCUUAACUCAGGUUGGUUUACAUCCAACAUGGCUCGAGAUUGGAAGCCAGGUGACCUUAUUUUUGCCAAAAUGAAGGGUUAUCCUCACUGGCCUGCCAGAAUUGAUGAAGUACCAGAUGGUGCUGUGAAAGCAUCCAACAUCAAGUAUCCUAUUUUCUUCUUUGGCACCCAUGAGACAGCGUUUCUUGGUCCAAAAGACAUUUUUCCAUACCUACCAAACAAAGAGAAGUAUGCAAAACCCAACAAACGGAAAGGCUUCAAUGAAGGAUUGUGGGAGAUCGAAAACAAUCCAAAAGUUGAGCUAACUGCGCCCAAGCCGGUGCCUCCUCAGUCCUUCAUGGAAAAGGAUUUAGACAGCGGUCCGGAAGGAGAAGAGGAUGCAGCUGACAAAGGAGUAAAAUCUAAAGUUCCAGGAAAAGAGGCUGAGCAGGAGAAUGAGGAGGAGGAGGAGAAGGAGGAAGGGUCUCUGAUGUCUGAGCAGGGUCCUCAGAACCAGGAUGAUUCUGCUCAGAAAGAGUCUACUGAUCUUUCAAAACCCAAGAGAGGAAGAAAGAAAAAGAGUGAGCAGGAGAAUGAAAAAGAUGAGGAUCCUGGAAGCCCCGUUAGUCCAUCAGGUGGAGACGGUCCUAAACGAAGAGGCAGGAAGCCCAAAACUGAGAAGCUGCUGUUGCUUCAGCAAGACCAGCACGGCUCAGGAAGUGAAAUGGAAACGAAUGAGUCAGAGAGGAAGCGAAAGAGGACAGCAGACGACAAGCAGCAGAGCGGAGAGGAUGAAAAGAGGAAGAAGAGGGAGGGCAGUAAGGGGAAGGAAGCAGAGCUAAAAGAGUCUGAAGCCAAGAAGAAGAAGCAGCCGAAGGAUGGCGGCUCCUCCGGCUCAGACGAUGAUGAGUCGCAGAAAAGCAAAGGCAGAAAGAAGCUGCAGAACUCGGAAACGGAUAAAGAUGUACGGCGGUGGAAAACCGACGAACCGAGAGAGCCAGACAAAGAAGAUGUGAAGAAAACUGAGGCGGGACCCAAAAAAAAGGAAAUGUCAACUGACCUGAAACUCCAGAAACUCCACAGUGAGAUCAGAAUUUCACUGAAAAUCGACAACCUGGAUGUGAAGAAAUGCUUGGACGCAUUAGACGAAAUAGGUUCUCUUCAGGUGACGACUCAGCACCUGCAGAAACACAGUGAACUCAUCGCGACGCUCAAAAAGAUCCGGAGGUUCAAGGCCAGCCAGGACAUCAUGGACAAGGCCACCAUGUUGUACAACAAGUUCAAGAGCAUGUUCCUGGUGGGGGAAGGCGACUGUGUGCUCAGCCAGGUGCUGAACAAGUCCUUAGCUGAGCAGCGACAGCAUGAAGAUGCAAAGAAAGGAGCUCUGAAGAAAGCUGAGCACGUCAAAGACCACAAUACAGACAAAGUGACCAAUGGUGACAUCAGCCCUGAAGAGAGGAAGCAGGAGAUGGAGAAAGAAAAGCUUGAGGACACCUCAGGAGAAAAUCACAGUCCUCUGAAAGCUCAGGAGUCCACUUGAGCGUCCUGCUGACCUGAAGAAGAGAUUUGCUGCUGUACUGGAACAACCGUCUUGGAAAUGGUUUCUGGUUUUCUGAACUUCUGUGUUGCUGCUCCUAGGUUUCAGUUGCUGAAUAGUUUAUUUUUGUACUUGGACACCUUGUCCUACCUGCUGUUUGGUGUAUUUAAAUCAUGUCCGUGUGGAGUUUAGGAACCCUGCAGGUGUGAAUGUUAAUGAACAUGUUAGAGGAAGCAGGGUCAGGACCAUUUUAUUCCUUGUCUUUCUUCAUCUUGAAGUGUUUGUAGUCCCUUCAUUUCAUUUAGAAAGUUUUUGGAAGUACUAAACAUCCCUGGAUUUGAAGUACAGUUGCAUUCUGUAAAAUGUCUGAUAAUAGCUGUUUUAAUGCUCUGUAAUGCAUGUUUAACAGAUUCUCAUUUCAGAUGCAUAUCAGUAAACUGUGGGAUUGCCAAAGUUUCCUUAGCCAACAAAGUGCUUUAUUUUUCACUGUGUUCAAGUGUCUUUUAAUGUCUCUUUAAAUCUAGAUGUAAAUAAGAGUAUUUUUGUGCUCGUGUCAUCAUGAAGUAAUAAAGUGGUAGCAACAGUA